AUGUCUAGUUCGAGAAUAUCAUCAUCUCCCGCUAACUCGCCGGCCGCCACUGGCUCGAGCACCGGCCGACCUUCAUCUCCCGUCCCCCCUGGAGGCGCACGAACUGCCAUUCGACGAAGAGCUGCCGCUGAUCAGAAGGAGAAGAUCGCCAAUGCACGACCGAGCAGCACCAGAGCCGCGGGUGCUGGCGGUAGCAGCAGCACGAUGCUGAGACUUUACACGGACGAAUCCCCUGGCCUGAAGGUUGAUCCCGUUGUCGUUUUGGUUCUUUCCCUAGUCUUCAUCUUCAGUGUUGUUGCUUUACACGUUAUUGCGAAGAUUACUCGACGAUUCUCAAACUAA